AAUUUGUGUACAUUAUGACUGAAAAAAACAUGGACCUAUAAAAUGUUGAGGUAGGUGGGUAUAGUUGUUUUUUUUAAUUAUUUAUUUAAAAUUUCUACAAUUAUAGCCCCCACCAGUAUUUUUUUUUUACAAUAUUAUACAUUAACAGUUUAGACUCAAUGAAAGAGCGAGCACAGACCUGCUUUAUCCAGGGUAGGGUUGCUCAACUUUCAGUCCCAAACCCAUCCGUUCUUUCACCCCCAACCCCCCAAACGAUGGUGAAUUAUGAACGUGCCACAUCAUGAGUCUCCUGGGGUGGGUAGCUGUGCGUCGAGCCACCCUGCUUUGUGUAGUCCUUCUCAUUGUGCAAGAUCGGGGAAUGGAUGUGAUGGUGGUGGCACAAGCGGCAGGGCCGCAAGGCUGCCCGCCAGAAUGCUCAUGCUAUAAUCAGCUGAGCAAAGUAGUGUGCACCCGCCGCGGCCUGACCCGCGUGCCCCCUGGCAUCCCCUCCAAAACCCGCCACCUCAACCUCAUGGAAAACUCCAUCGAAGCAGUGCAGGUUGACUCAUUCCGCAACUUAUUCCAUCUAGAGGUACUCCAGCUGGGCCGAAACAUGAUCAGGCAGAUAGAGGUGGGAGCCUUCAAUGGCCUCACCAACCUGAACACGCUGGAGUUGUUUGACAACCGCCUGACGGUGGUGCCAAGUGGUGCAUUUGAGUACCUGUCAAAGUUGAGAGAGCUGUGGCUCAGGAACAACCCUAUUGAGAGCAUUCCCUCUUACGCCUUCAAUCGUGUGCCCUCACUAAUGCGGCUGGACCUGGGGGAGCUGCGCAAACUGGAAUAUAUUUCUGAUGGCGCUUUUGAGGGUCUGCAAAACCUUAAGUACCUCAAUCUAGGAAUGUGCAACAUUCGGGGGGAAAUUCCAAAUUUAAGCCCACUGUUUGGCCUGGAGGAGCUGGAGAUCUCGGAGAACGUCUUUUCCGACAUCAAACCAGGUUCUUUCAGAGGACUGCGAUCACUUAAAAAAUUGUGGAUCAUGAACUCUAAGAUUGGGAUGAUUGAGCGCAAUGCGUUUGACGAGCUUCCAUCCCUAGUGGAGCUUAACCUUGCCCAUAACAACCUCAGCACUUUACCCCACAACCUCUUCACUCCUUUGAGGUACCUUGUGGAGCUGCAUCUGCACCACAACCCAUGGAACUGUGAUUGUGACUCUCUAUGGCUAUCACAAUGGCUGCGGGACUACAUCCCCACUAACUCGACCUGCUGUGGACGGUGCCACGCUCCAGCACACAUGAGAGGCCGUCAGCUGGUAGAGCUGGACCAAGGAGAUAAUGGAGCCCUCCAGUGUUCUGCACCCUUCAUAGCAGACGCUCCACGUGACCUCAACAUCUCUGCAGAGCGCGUGGCAGAACUGCGAUGCCGCACAGCGGCCAUGUCAGCAGUUCGCUGGCUACUGCCCAACGGCACAGUUCUGACCCACGCAUCAAAGAAUCCACGGAUCACUGUGCUCAACGACGGCACACUCAACUUCUCCAACGUGCUGGUGGGCGACACGGGCAUGUACACGUGCAUGGUUUCCAACGCAGCAGGGAAUUCAAAUGCCUCUGCGUACCUAAACGUCAGCACCGCUGAGCUCAACACAUCAAACCUAAGCUACUUUUCCACCGUCACAGUUGAGGUUCUUGGGCCAACAUCAGAAAUGACUAAGCCAAAAACAACGAGCACCACCGGUACCACCACAGCUCCAGACACAGGUACAGCCACCACCAGCAGCACAGCGUCUCCAUCGAUCUACCAACCAGUUUUUAUCUCGACGCCUACGGUUCUGUUACAAAACACUGAAUCCCUACCGUCACGGCCAAUUUCUGUGCCAAACUCGAAGGUGACAACAGGGCGGCCAUCUAACGCCAGUGGCACCAGCCUAGACGAGGUGAUGAAAACCACCAAGAUAAUCAUUGGCUGCUUCGUAGCAGUCACACUGCUAGCCGCCAUCAUGUUGAUUGCCUUUUAUAAACUGCGUAAGAGACACCAGAAAAAGAGUACAGUUGCCGCUGACAAAACAGUGGAGAUUGUUCAUGUAGAACAAGAGGAACUCCCCCCUCCUGCCUCGUCACAUGCGAGGAUGGUGGGCUCGCGAACUUUGCCGGGAAUUAAAGACCACAAUAGCAUCCAUAAACUGGACUCUCUGACAUACAGACACACAGACAACAGCUACCAUACACAGAAACGUGAAUUUAUGACUUACAAGCCCCCCAAAGCAGACUGUACAAUCCACAAACACCCAGAGUACGCCAGUCAUACCAUUAAACCCAACUACAACACUUAUCGACCAUCGACUAUGGACUACAGCAGACACAAACCAACAAUGGACUACAAAUCUCUGCCUGACUUCAGAAUGCAUAAACAAAAAACGGAGCAUAGCAGCUCUUUUCAAUACAGCACUCACAACGCAGAUUACAGUACUCACAGACCUAAGCAUGAGUACAGUCCUUUCAAAGACGAGUACAACACUCACAAACCCAGAAUGGAUUACAGUGCGCACAGAUCCAAAACAGAGCUUACCUUGCACAAACCCACAAAGGAAUACAGUCCUCUCAAGAAAGACAUCUCUGCAUUCAAAUCAAACUACACUGCUUUCAAAGCAGAGUACAAGCCCUUGCCCAAAGCAGACUAUAUCACACACAGACCAGAGUAUAGCAGCCCCCCUAAAACCAACAUGGAUUAUAGCCCACGCAAGAUGGACUACAGCCCCCACAAGUAUGAUUACACACUGAAGCCCAAAUACAACACGUACAAGCCCACUGGCCACGGAGCUAAAUGGACAGAGAACAGCAUCGCAAAUUCUUUGCCACGAACAUUGCCUAGUACCAUCACAGUGGUCCCAGAGCCCUUUAUCAUAAAGGCUCACGUAAAGGAGAAAGUCCAGGAGACCCAGAUAUAA